AAGUCAAGCAAGCAAGCUAGCAAGUCAAGCAGCAGCAGCGCAGAAAAUAAGUGAUGAAAUAAAUGUGUAAUUUGGCUUCGAAUCUGGUUAGAAUACGCUGUUUUCGACAGCGCACCGCAGUUGACCUACACACGGCAGCAGUGACCAUCACGUUAUCAACCCACGGUGCACGAUAGGUGGCAACGAACGUACAGGCGAAGCGGAUUGUCGGCGGCGUCAAAGCCCCGCGCCCUUCCAGCCGGAGCUCGGCAACGGUAGCAGAUCGUCGGCAGCCGGGCCGGACGAGCUACCUUGCCCCUGCUGCACACCGGACAGCAAACCGCGCACCUGUGCGACAGUUGCCGCGGUGGUGCGGACACGACCAUGGAGAAGGAAGCAACACUCGAUAAGCGGGCGGAGGAGAUCGAGAAGGAGUAUCUCUCCAGUUUGGCCGAUCUGAAUGUCAACAGCAAGCCGUUGAUUAACAUGCUCACCAUACUGGCCGAGGAAAACCUAGAGUAUGCCCACAUCAUCGUGAACGCGGUGGAAAAACACCUCGCCCAGGUCGGACCCGACGUGAAAUUGCCGAUACUUUACCUAGUCGAUUCGAUCGUUAAAAACGUGGGCAAACAGUACCAAUCGCUGUUCAGUCAGGUGAUAGUGAAUAUGUUUUGCGGCGUGUUUCAAACGGCCCACGACCGGGUGCGCGAGAAGAUGUUCAACUUGCGGCUGACGUGGAACGAUCUCUUCCCCCAGUCCAAGCUGUACGCAUUGGACAUCAAGAUAAACUCGAUGGAUUCCGGGUGGCCAAUAACGGCAUCGUUGAAGCCGAAGACACAGCCGUCAAUUCAUUUGAAUCCAAAGUUCCUGAACCAGCAGCCGGGACCUGAGCCCACGGCAACGGCAACGAUCCACGCCCAGCUGGAAGAGAAGAGGCGGGAGCUGCUGGAGCUGCAGACACGGAAGCUGGAGCUGGAGCUGCUGGCCACGAGGAAGCGCAUCGCGGAACAGGAGAAGCAGCUGAGCAUUCAGACAGCCAGUGUGGCCAAAGGGUUACCUCCGAUUGUGCGGAAGCCCCUGGACGGUGCAAGUUCAGCACCACCGGGUCUUCCAAUGCCUCCGUUGAGCGGUUCAGUUGGAGGGCUUUUGUCGGCGGCCGGUCCAGCAGUCCCUGUCCCAGCGGCGGUGCCGGGGUCCCUGAAGAGCCGCAUUGCCCCUGUGUCGCAGGGCAUGAUCAGCAUGAUCAGUUCUCGCGAUCCUCGGCUGAUGAAGCAGCAAGCGUCGUCGGCCAACAGCCAACCACCGUUUCAUGCGCCGCCGGGAGGGCCUCUGAGGUCAAUGGGCAUGUUAUCGCACGGCAAUACGGUGCUGGGAGGCUUACACGGUGGCGAACUGUCCCAUCACGGGGCACCGCUCAAAGUGUCUAUGGUGUCUAUUAAGGAUCGCUUGGGUGCGAAAGUGAAACGGCUGGAAGGCAACGGUGUGGUCAGUGCGAAACAUGCGUACGGCGCGGCAUCGGAUGGGUCGUCGAUGGCAGGUGGAGGCGGUGGACGCACAAAGAAGGUGUCUCCCUCCUCCGGUGGCAGUGGUUCCGUGUUGUCCCGCAAAUCCCGACACGAUCAUCACGAAGGCAGUGGUGGUGGUGGCGGUAAAUCGCGGAGGGAGCGCCACGCCAAAGAUCGAUCGACAUCCUCGGGCAGCAGCAAGGGAAGUUCGGGCUCACCGGGCAAGUCAUCGGCCAUCGGGCGAACCGUUUCGGGAGGAGAGAAGCGAAAACAACACGGCGGCAGCAGCAGCAGCAGCAGCACGGGCAAGGAAAUCGACGGCGGUUCGUCGCAGAGUCAAAAGUCACCCGGCCGUUCACCGGGCAAGAAAAAGUCAUCCCCCGACAAGCCAGCGUUAUCACCCGGUGGUUCGACCGAAAAGCUACGAACGGAACGUAAGGCUCUUCCGACCGUUGGAAAACUGCGCAAACCGUCCGCCAACAGCAGCAGCAGUCGGGCCGACGCAGAGGCCUCGUCGUCGUCGGCGGCGACGGCGCUCGUCGAGGCCUUGGGCAACGUGACGGCGGCACCGUCACAGGAUGUUGAUUUGCGCUGUCCCAUUCCGGAGAAACGCAAAAAGAUGGCCGGCGGAGAAGCGGGCUUGAAUUCGAAUCACUCGAUGGCCGUUGCUGCGGAAGAUACGGAAGAGGUGAUAGUGCCCGUCGUCGGGCCAAAGGCAUCACAGAUCGAUGUACAAAGCAUCAAUAGCGCACAGGCGGAGGAAGACGCGCUGGCGGAACUAAUAAGUAAAGAUAUCGAUUUGAGAAAACUUCCGCUCCAGCUGAUGCCACCGGCAGCGGGCGGCAGCAUCGAUCGUGCCCACGGGUCGCGCUCGGGAUCAACGGAACCGCCGCGAGCUGACGAGGUGCGUUCGCUGAACGACUCGCCGAGACGGCGAACUGACGCUGGUGCCGAUGAGCUGAUGGUGGAAGAGUUCGCGCUUGGCAAGAAGCGAGGCAGCGGCACAAAGUCCGACGAACCGACGGCGAAGAAGAGCAAAGCGGAAAUGAUCGAUGCAUUGUUUGGUAAUGAAGAUGUCGAUUUGCGGCAGCUUCCGAUGGAGAGCGUACUUCUGGAGGCUGGCGUGCCACCGCCACUGGGUUCGGGUCGGGAUUCGGAUCCAUUCGGAAUGUUGGACAAUGCUGCCGACGUUCCGAGGUCUCCGCUGUCGGAGAAAAAUAGUCGCGGAUCGCGCUUCUCGGACAUCGUGGGUAAAGGUCAGCAGCAGCAGCAGCAGGAUAAGGACAAGCUUGGCCGACCAUUGUUGUACAACAAACUGCCGGACGACCCCAUUGAGCGGCGUCGCUCGCUAAAUAAAGCCGGUGAUGUGGAUCUCCGUCAGCAGCCGCACCUUCGCCAGCAGCAGCAUCUGCCAGCCCAUCUGCGGUCCGACGAUGUGGACGAACAGGACGACGACAGCUCGAUGGACAGUAUGAACGCCAACAUUAAGACGAUCGUCGCCCAGGCGCAGGAACAGAUGGAAAAGGGCGAAAUCAAUCUCGAGCAGUACAACAUCCUGAUGAAGCAGGUGAUUCAGCUGAACGAGACGCAAAAAAUACGCCAAGCGCAGCGCAUCGAGCAGCGCCAGGAUCCGACGAUCAUUCGCAUCGAUGACAACGGUUCGCAGAGCGGCGAGGAUGACGUCAUCAUCACGUCGGCCACGGUACCGGCGGCUUCCGGAAACGAUUUCCGCGGCAAAAUACACCCGCUAGAGGCUGGAGGAAAAGUGAGCGCCGGCGGACCUUCGGCGCUCGGUAAACCACCACUGGGGGGGCCUUUUCUUGGCGCCGCCGGAACCUCCGUUCCGCCACCGGACCUUCGGGUGCAACGAGAUCCCCGACGGAUGCGAGAAUCGAAGUGGAACCGCGUGGAACCAGCGAGCCCAGCUUGGGCGAAUCGUACCGGAACCGGGGUCGGGCCGAGUGGACAGGUCGGUCCGGUCCGUGGUGGUGGUGGGCCACCCAUCAACGUACCGAGCCCCUGGGAGCAGGCUCCAUUCCCGAUGGGAGUUCCCGAUCAAGGCGGACGGUUCGCACCCGGUGCGCUGCCAACGUUGGCUCCUCCUCCGGGGCUGGGUGGUGGCCCACCGGUGGUACUCAAUGGUGCUAGUGGUCAGCCACCGCUGAUGGCGAUGUCGACACUGGCCAAACUGCAGGACAGCGUGCGGACGAUCAACAUCGACGGCAUCCAGCGGGAGAUUCGCUUCUACGAGGAGACGGCCGUGAUCUUCAUGAACUGGGACGAACCGAAGGAGAUCGGGUUCCAGAAGGGCGCCCGCAUGGUUUGCGUGGACGAUCGGGAAACGUUCGAGCUCGGGUUCAACGAGCCGUACAAGUCGGUCAGCAUCGAGGGCAAGGUGUACCAGAUGCGGCUCGGGGCUCCGACGCGCGAACUGUACAUCGACGAUUCGUGGUACGAGUGUUACUUUGGCGAUCCGCCGACGACGAUCAUGUUGGGCGAGAAACCGCGCGUCUUCAAAAUAGCCGGCCCGCCACCGCAGGUGAAAAUUGGCAGCAGCCGGAACGAUUUGGUGGCCGGCAAGAUCAACAUGAUCGUCGACGCCGAGCUAAUCGUGCCGGUGUUUCUCGACUGCAAGCCGCAACUGGUCGAAAUCGGUGGCCAUCAGCACUGGCUGCAGUUUGCCGACUUUCUGCUGACGGUGCUGAUCGACGAUCAGCCGUUUUCGGUCGAGUUCGGUGGGUUGCCCCAGGUGUACCGGUUGCGGGAACGGAACUACUACAUCCGCUUCACGGCCCUACCGAAGCUGGUGGUGCCGGGUCGCGUGUACAUCCGGGAUAUGGUCCGCACGCCCCACCAUCGCGAUCUGCGCACUCCGCCGAAGGAUGCAAGCCUUCUGCCACCACUGCCAGUGCUGGGACCGGCCGGUGUUGGUGGGCCCCUACUUUCGCACCCACCGCCACCGGGUGGCGUGUUCAUUGGCCCCCCUCACGGGGGGGGCAAAGCAGGGAGCAAUCUGCACGGACACAUGCAGAGUCCGGCCAACACGCUGACCGGGCUUGACUAUAUCACCAACUUGAUGCCAACGAUGGCCAUGCAAACCGCUGGCGGGGCCAGGAAAAACCUGCCCGGCUACCGGAUAGAAGCGGACGACAAGGUCCCGCCGGCGGCUUCGGUUGGCGGCGAUAGCGGUCCAGGCGGCGUCGGCCUCCCGGCCCUAGGGAACAUCAACGUGGAAGAACUGUACAAAAAGAUUGUGGCGGCCGGUAUCAUCACCAAGAUGGGCGCCCAGGGUCAGUCGGGUGGGGCGCCCAACGCAGGACCGCAGGAUGGUGGCUCGGGGGCCUCGAAAGAUACGGCAAAGGACGAUGGUGGUGGUGGCGGUGGUAAAUCGAAAGAAAGGGACAGCAAAUCGUCGAAGGACCUACCGCCGAUUGAUCCGGUGUUGCUCGACAAGCCGGAUACACUGCGACGGCGCCAGGCUGCCAUCGUACAUCAGCUGUUCUGCGGCAUGCAGUGCAGCAGUUGCGGUGUGCGCUUCCCGCCGGAACAGACGAUGAAGUACAGUCAGCACCUGGACUGGCACUUCCGGCAGAAUCGGCGCGACCGGGACUCGGCACGCAAGGCCCACUCACGCAAGUGGUACUACGAUGUGUCGGACUGGAUCCAGUACGAGGAGAUCGAAGAUCUGGAGGAGCGGGAAAAGAACUGGUUCGAAACGCAGCAAACGGACCACGGUAUCGAUGGGGCAACGAAGCGGAGUGGCACCAGCGGCUCCUCCGGGGGCGUUGGCGGUCCGGGGGGCGAAGGAGAGGAGGGAAGCGGCGGAGCGUCGCACAGCGAUUCGCCAGUUCCGAGCUGUCCGGCCGGGACGGACGAGGGUGACCGGCAGUGUCACAUGUGCCACGAUGUGUUCGAACAGUUUUACAACGAGGAGACGGAGGAUUGGCACCUGAAGAGCGCCGUCCGCGUCGACGGUUACACGUACCACCCGCUGUGCUACGAGGACUACAAGGCGUCGCUGACGAUGAGCGAGACGACGCUCGGCAACGCGUCCCACCUGGGCGGCGCCGCCGACGAGAGCCAAAAGACUGAGGAGAUGGACAGUGACGGCGAAGAUCAGGACGAGGACGGCGGUGAUCGUGGUGACGGUUGCGAGCCAGGUGAGGGGGGCCCGCGUCGCCGCGUCCGCAAAGCGUCCGGCAAACGGAAGGCCAAAGUCGAUGGUGACAACAAUGAUGACGACGACGACGAUGAUGAUGACGAUGUAAUCGUGCUCCCCACGGAAGAACCGGUCGUAGAGGAAAUACUGGAUGACGACGCGGAAGAUGAGGCAGGAAAUGAAGGAGCACCACCAGCAGCAGCCGCAGCAGCACCUCCGGCGGACCCGACGGCGGCGAGCGGUGAUGUGGCACCCCCCGUCGUGCAGCGAGCCGAAUUCCAGGAACGGCAAGUUGAUGAGGAUGUCUUCAUUCAGGAGCCUAACAUUGAGGUAACCGAUUUGGACGACAUCGAGGACCAGCCCGAGGGGUCCGACCAUGGCGCGACGGGCACUUCCAACGGGGCUGGCGGAGGGGCCGGGGCCGAGGAUGCGAGGCCCUCGGUGCUGCAGGUGAAGAUAAAGCAGGAACCGAAGGACGAGUACGAGGGGGACGAAGAGGAUGCCCUGUUCGAGGACGUCGGUACGAUCGAGUCGAGCUUGAUCGAGGUAGCCGACGAUCGUCGAUCUCCAUCAUCGAAUGUCGUCGGCAGCAACCCCACGGAAGAGGGUGAUGCGGCUGAGGAUGGCGUGCAGGUCGAGGGUGUUCCGUCGCCUGCAGACAACUCCGGCAGUCAGGCGGUUCCGCCGGCCCAGAUGCAGAGCAAAGCAUCGAUCGACGGCAACAUGGAUCCGCAGGAUGCCCCUCAGGCCGCGGUGCUAGUGCCAAACAAGAUCAAGAUCAACAUCACGACCGCAAAGGCCAUCAGCAACAGUGCGCCGCACGAGACAAGCGGUGAAAAUGGGGCCGAAACGAAUGGCACCGAGGACGCCGCCGCCGCCGCGUCGAGCCCAUCACGGACUAUCACCGGUGAGGUAGGGGAGGAGAUGUUCGAGGAGCUUAGCAAUGACGGUGUCGUCGGUUGGGAGGAAAUGGACGAACCGAACGGUGCUGGCGGGGGAGGCAGUACGGCGGCAAUUCAGUCCAACAAUAAAGAUGUACCGUCAACGUCGGCGACCACGAGCGUUGCGUUCGAAGAAACGACUGACGUUGCGUAUGAGAAGAAGCCAGCACUGCAGGGCAUCGAAUUGAGCCGGUUGCCGCGCGUCACCAGCGGUUGCGAAGCGUCCGGACUCUGUUCGAUCAUGUAAAUAAUUGUGGCCACGCGGUGCCCACUGUGGACACGCACUGGACUGGCGUGUGGAGGGGAACGCUUUUGAUUGAUUGUAAAUAUGGCUGAAACCUAUUGCGACUUUUGCCUCUUGCCGUGCUGACGCACCGGAAUCCAUCCGGUCCAAUCGGUGACCGGUCGGUCGCUUGGUCUGUAAAUAGUGACAUAGCUGUUUAGUGCGUUAGGCCAUCAUAUGUAAGUAGCAUUUAUAUAGUUUUACAAUGAACUUUUCAUGGCACCAGACAACCCGACGGCAACUGGCAGCAACCAGAGAGAGAGAGAGAGAGAGAUAGAGAGAGAUCUGGAGAGAUCGGUACAGAUGGUUGGACCAUGCCACUACCGGCCAACGAUUGCAUCACAGUUUCCCCUUUCACGCUGGUAGUACAUCGCCUACGAGUUCCUGAUUUCUUUUCUUCACAUUAAACUCUUGUUCAGCCGUUAAAUUAUAUAUCUUUAUCCUUACAUUGUGGACUUGUUUUCGGCGCCUCGGCCACAACUUCUUCUAAUUUGAACUUGGUUGUGAAUUAUCAGUUCCGUGCACGUUUAUUAGACCCAAAAUAAAUGAUCAAAAUCCGUUGUUCGAGUCGGUCAUUUGCUAGCAACAUCGGAGCCUGCGCCUCUCUCCUGUCGGUUGCUGCAGAAGUUUUGGGGCAAACGGACAUG